AUGUGGGACGAGAUCAAAUGCUUCUUAAAUGCAAGAUACGUGUCUGCCCCUGAAGCAGCGUGGAGGUGGAGGCUGUUUGAAAAAAGAAUGCAUUCAAGUAAGUCCAGUCACACUCAUAUCAUACGACUACCGGUUCAUUUGGAAAACCUGCAGCCCGUCUAUUUUGCCGAAUCCGAAGAAAGGAAUGCUUUCCAGAGAGCUGCCGAGAAAAAUACCAUGCUCACCGGAUGGUUUGAACUGAACAGGACAGUUCCCGAAGCGAAUGGUUACCUGUAUGCCGAAAUUCCUAAACAUUUCACCUGGAGGAAUCAUGCCUGGCAGACACGAGUUAGACUUGGAGAUUACAUCAUUUCAAGAAUGUAUUCUGUUAGCCCGAAAGAUGUUGAGCGUUUCCAUCUGAGGUUGCUGCUGUGUCACGUUAAAGGAGCAAGACUUAUGGGAAGCUGCAUCAAACUUGGCUGCUGCAGAACUAGCUUUUCAAAUGCCAUCUCAGCUAAGACAUCUCUUCUUUUUACUUCAUCUGCUGUGUUUUUGCAACCCUACAGAACCCAUCGCUUUGUGGAAUGA